AUGACAUGGAGUGUGGGGGGUGAUUCGGGAGGGGGAGGUGCAGGAGACACCCACACCCCACGGGCUCCACCCACACCCCGAGCUCCACCCACACCCCGGGCUCCACCCACACCCACAGGCUCCACCCACACCCCACGGGCUCCACCCAUACCCCACGGGCUCCACCCACACCCCGGGCUCCACCCACACCCCGGGCUCCACCCACACCCCACGGGCUCCACCCACACCCCGGGCUCCACCCACACCCCACAGGCUCCACCCACACCCCGGGCUCCACCCACACCCCACGAGCUCCACCCACACCCCACGGGCUCCACCCACACCCCACGGGCUCCACCCACACCCCACGGGCUCCACCCAUACACCACGGGCUCCACCCACACCCCACGAGCUCCACCCACACCCCGGGCUCCACCCACACCCCGGGCUCCACCCACACCCCGGGCUCCACCCACACCCCACGGGCUCCACCCACACCCCACGGGCUCCACCCACACCCCCGGGCUCCACCCACACCCCACGGGCUCCACCCACACCCCGGGCUCCACCCACACCCCACGGGCUCCACCCACACCCCACGGGCUCCACCCACACCCCACGGGCUCCACCCACACCCCGGGCUCCACCCACACCCCACGGGCUCCACCCAUACCCCACGGGCUCCACCCACACCCCGGGCUCCACCCACACCCCACGGGCUCCACCCACACCCCACGGGCUUCACCAGAGCAGAUGGAGGCCGGGGGUUCCAUGAAAGACCUCAAGGCACAGGGUAUGACCAUGCUAGGGGAAGAGGGGCAGCAGCCCACCAUCCGGCUCUGA